GGUCGCUGGCAGCGAGGAUGGCCGCCUUCCAAUUAUCAGUGCUAUCACCGAGAUCUCGCUCAUUCAGGGUACAAAGGCAAACAAAGAUCCAUGUUGGCACAGUUGGUUGACUCAUUGUCGGCUUUGCUUUCCAAUCUGCAGCAUCAGCAGCUGCCUUGUCAUCGUCGGCUGCGCUCCCUCUCCCUCUUGCACUCCACUUCUGUCGUGCAGGGCAUCACACCGGGCGACGCUGAGCCUCAGGGGCCACCGGACAGCUCGACAGCGACGACGCAGCAGCCAUCCCCUGAUGAGGGCCAAGGGGAGGGGGAGGAGAGUGUGGUGACGGGGUUCACCAUCUAUGACGCCGUGCAGUCACUGCAGCAGGUGGCCGACCCGCUCUGUCAGGACAGGGAAGCGUCCAUCAAGGAGACCGAGGAGGCUAUCGGGGCAAUAGAGCACGUCCUCAAGGAGGCCAGGGUCGGUGGGUAGGGUGAGAGAGAAAGCCAGGGAGGGGAGAAAGAGAGUAUCGAUGUGCUCCCGUGGUUUCGUUGUGAUGAUUGAUGUCAUUGCAGGAGAGCGCGCAAGCCCGUGAGAGGCUCGAGAAAGUAGCGGAAGAUCUAAAGGCGCUCGAGAAGGCCACGACGGAGGCGCAGGCCAUCGUUAACUGCAACAAAAUGGAGCUGACUGUGGUCAAGCUGGUCGCCGGAGCCCUCACCAAUCUGCGGGAAAUCCAAGACCGACUUGUCCCGAUGGUCAACGAUAUCCACCAGACAUAUAACUUCGCUCACGACCUGUCGCAGUCGAUUCGGCUGACGAUGCAGCAGCACCCGGCUUACGACGUGUCGGGGCGGGGCAGCUACCCCAGUGAUAAAUGGGAUGAGGAGGCGCGUGUGUUCAAUGAGACGGUGUUCAAUCUGUCGGACCAUGUGGCGGCGAGCAUGGCGACGGUGAGGGAGUGGGAACGCGACAUUGCGGCGGUGCGGGGGACGAUGCGUGAGACGCACGAGGCGCUGACCAUCGCAUGGAGGGAGGUGAUGGAGAUCGGGCAGGCGUUGAAGAAAAUCGGUGACCUGUUCGCCGUGCAGAUCAACGACCCUGAAGACUCCGUCAUACCAGGUCAGUGGCCAUCGACGCAACAGGACAUGCCGUCCAAAUGACCCCUAUUCUCGCUCUGCGUUUGUCCAUAUGCCUGCAGGGAUGAUUGACAUGUACGACGCCUUCGCGAACAGUUUUCAGGAUUUGCUUGGCAGCACACGGGAGCUGGUGGAGGGAGUGGAGGGACAGGUGACGCCGGCGCGGCAAGUGCUGGAGGGGGGGAAGAUAGACACGACAGUGUUGGAGUCAUUUAACAGGCCGCUCAAUGUCGUCAUGGGGGCUGCUACAAGUGAGUGACAGUGAUGCAUGGUGUGUGAGUGUGUGUGAUGGUGUUCAUAC